GGCAACGCCUGGGAAAGGCGACAGUCGCAGCCAUGAACGGGGUUAUCGAGGCGGUUCAUGUUUACGAUGACAAUAGGUAUGCUCCCCGCACAGCGCACCCAAUAUGGCUCGACUCUGACCCCCGCCCGCCCGCUCGCAGAAAUGCAUUGCUCUCGCACACCUACACGGGACGACCGCUGUCUGCGGCGCACCUGUUACCCCUCUACCUCGAGCAUCCCACCCCUAGACCGAACCUGAUAUACCUCCCCAACGCGAGCCCGCCGACUCUCGUCUUCAGCCUGUCGCAUGCGAACCUCCUCUUCCUCGCGACGUCGUCGACCGAGAUCGAGCCGCUGCUCGUGCUCGAGUUCCUCCACCGUAUCGUCGAUGCCCUCGAAGACUUCCUCGGCGCCCCGCUGCUGGCCGUCAAGAUCGAGAACAAUUACGACAUCGUAGCCCAAUUGCUGACGGAGAUGUGCGACGCGGGGACGAUAAGCACGACAGAACCAAAUGCCCUGCGAGAGGUCGUGGAGAUUGAGGGCUGGGUGGGCAAGCUCCUGGGGAGCAUAACCCUUCCUGGGAAAACCCCUCUGAGCGGCAACUCGUCGAUCCCAAACGCCCCAUCACUCAUGGCUUCCAACACACCAGCUCUACCGUGGAGAAGAGCAAACGUGCGGCACACGUCGAACGAAAUGUACGCCGAUGUCGUCGAGACGCUGUCCGUGACGCUUGCGCCGUCCGGCAGACCCCUUGCUGCCUUUGCCAACGGGACGAUCGCUUUUACGGCCAAGGUUUCCGGGGUGCCGGACAUUACGCUGAGCCUCUCGGGCCCGUCCGGGAGACACAACCUGGCCGGCAUCGUGGAGCUGCCAGUCUUCCACCCCUGCGUUCGGCUGAACAGGUGGAAGGAGCGGCCGGGAGAGCUGAGUUUCAUACCGCCAGAUGGCCGCUUCAUUCUGGCUGGGUACGAAGUGGACCUGCUACCGUUUACGAGUGGCAAGAGUGGCAGCCUGAGCGCGAACAAUCUCAAGUUGCCGGUAAACCUGGAAAUGAAGACGGGCCUCGGUCCUGGUGGGUCCGAGUUUGAGGUCCGGCUACAGGUCAACAAGAUAUUCGGCACGCCGGGUUCGUCAUCUGGUGGUCAGCUGGGGCGGGGCAGCAACUCCGGUAGACUCGGUGGGCCGCAUCCAGGGACGCCUGCGGCACCACUGCUGGACGAUCUCAAGAUCACGAUCCCCCUACCGGACGAUGUGAGAAACCUGUCAGACAUCCGACCUAGCAGGGGCGAUGCCAGCUUCAACCCCGGGGAAAGGGCACUGGAAUGGCAGGUGCCGGCCAAGGAGUUGUCAGGCCCUACGUCACAUUUCGGGCUGCGAUGUACGGUGGUGGGACCCUUGGUGGACGAGGAGGAACAAGAAUUCGACCCCAGUGGUUUCGGGUUCGGCAACGAGUACUCGUACAGCGGACCUUAUCAGAGCUCACCGUCGGUCAAGGCGAAGCCGCGAAAGGACGAUGAAGGCGACGAGCAGGACUCGAAGCGGGUGGCACAGAACAAGAUUCUGAUGCCAAGCUCAGCCUCGGUCAGCUUCGCAGUGAAGGGAUGGUUGGCGAGCGGGCUCAAGGUGGACAGCAUCGCGAUAGACACAAGAAAGAGCCGCGGCCUGGGAGAGGGGGUAAAGCCGUACAAGGGCGUCAAGUACCUGACGGUCAGCAAGGACGGCGUCGAGAUUCGCUGCUAGCCACGUAGCCCAUCUUAUAUGAACUCACGCAUGGGCACGAUGCAUGACGAAACAAGCAAAUUAAUCAAACG